GCAGCUAUAGCCAAAUCAGUUUACUUUUUCCACUCCAGUGCGACGGACGCUUAUUCGCAAUGCCCAACAUGGAUCUCUAUAACAUGCCAGGUUCCCCGACCUCCCGAGCAAUUCAAAUGGUUGCCAAAGCUGUUGGCGUUGAACUGAACUCCAAAUUCAUGAACACAUUGGAAGGCGACCAACUAAAACCGGAGUUCGUGAAAAUCAACCCACAACACACCAUUCCCACUUUGGUGGACAAUGGAUUCGUCAUCUGGGAAUCUCGUGCAAUUGCUGUUUACUUGGUGGAGAAAUAUGGCAAACCUGAUUCCCCUCUGUACCCCAAGGAUCCCCAGAAAAGAGCUCUGAUUAACCAAAGACUGUACUUCGACAUGGGAACCCUCUAUGAUGCCCUGGCUAAGUACUUCUUCCCUUACUUCCGCACUGGCAAACUGGGAGAUCAGGAGGCAUUGGACAAGGUAAACGCCGCCUUAGAAUUCCUGAACACCUUCCUCGAAGGCCGGGAUUUCGUGGCUGGUGACCAACUCACCGUGGCGGACAUCGUCAUCUUGGCCAACGUUUCGAUCAUCGAAGUCAUUCCAUUUGACUUGAAAAAAUUCCCAAAUGUCGAGAGGUGGUAUAAGAAUGCCCAGAAUGUCACUCCGGGUUGGGAUGAAAAUGUGGAGAGCAUUAAGCAGGUGAAGAAGUUCCUGGAGGAUUACCUAGCAAAUAAGAAAUAAAUGUUGUAAAUAAAUAUUGUAGCAAAAAUAUAA